AUGGCGUCACGGAUUGGCCCGCGCACCGUCAAGGACGCUACGAGAUUCACCUCGACGAUUCCUCACGCCACAUCCAAGACGGCCACCUCAGCAACAUCACCCUCCAUCGCCGCCUCGACGCCACGACCCUCCCGAGUUCCCGGCGAGACACCCGAGCAGCGCGUCAAGCGGCUACGCCUCGCGCACCUCGCCGCGCAAAAGGCCCAGGUCAGCCAGACGGACCGCCUCAUCGAUGCGUCCCGGCGCUUCCUCGACGUGGCCCACCGAUGGACCGUAGGCGGCAUCGUCGUCUUUACUGCCGUGGCCGGCGUCAUCAGCGUAUACUCGGUAUGGGACAUGCUUCGAUACAACCGCGCUCGACGCGCCGAGUGGGUCGAAGCCCAGAAGAAGCUCGAGUCGGACGAGCUCGCCAGCGCGCGCCUGGCGUACCUCAAGGGGGCCGCGACCGAGGAGCAGAUUGCGCUCGUCGAGGCAGCCAACCGCGAGGCCGAGGAGAAAGGCAUCCGCCUGCCGCCGCUCAUCGCGCCGCCUGAGCACCGCACGCACUUUGAGGAACACCUCAAGCCCACUCUUCAGGGCGACGACAAGGCUGCCCCCGACGCCACCGGAAAGGGCGUGCUGGGCAUCUUUUCCGGCCUGUUUGGCGGCGCGAGCAAGGAGGCACCGGCCGCCGCGCCACCCAGCCAGCCUGUCCAGGCUGUCGAGUCCGCAGCGCAGAGCGUGUGGGACCGGGAACUGGAGAAUCAGCGCAAAGGCGGCAGCCUGGAUCAGCUUGGUCUCGCCGGGGCCUCUGGUGAACAGGGUGCCAAGAAGGGUUGGUGGCCCUGGUAG